GCCGGUUCCUCGACGCGCUCGAGGCGGACGUGGAUCGGGUCGCGGCCGACAUCACGGCACAGAUGGGCAAGCCGCUCGCGGCGAGCCGCGGCGAGGUGCGCGGGGUCCGCGAGCGCGCCGAGGCGAUGAUGGCGCUCGCGCCGGCGUCCCUCGCGCCGGAGCAGCUCCCCGAGAAGCCAAGCUUCACGCGGCGCAUCGAGAAGGUCCCUGUCGGCGUCGUGCUCGCCAUUGCGCCGUGGAACUACCCGCUGCUGACCGCCGUCAACUGCGUGGUGCCUGCGGUGCUCGCCGGCAACGCCGUGCAGCUCAAGCACUCGCCGCGCACGCCGCUGUGCGCCGACGCCUUUGAGCGCGCCUUCGCCGCCGCCGGCGCGCCGGCGGGCCUCGUGCAGGCGCUACCCUGCAGCAACGAGGCGGUGCACGCGGCCAUCGAGCUGCCGCAGAUUGGCCUCGUCUCUUUCACCGGCUCGGUCAAGGCGGGCCACGCGGUCCACGCCUCCGCGAGCCGCCGCUUCAUCGACACGACGCUCGAGCUGGGUGGCAAGGACGGCGCGUACGUGGCUGCCGACGCGGACGUCGCCGCCGCCGCCGCGUCGCUCGUCGACGGCGCCUUUUACAACGCCGGGCAGUCGUGCUGCGCCAUCGAGCGGGUCUUUGUGCACGAGACGGUACACGAGGAGUUUGUGGCGCGUGCGCUUGAGCUCGUGAGGGCGUACCGGCUCGGCGACCCGCGCGACGGCGCCACCAGCCUCGGCCCGCUCGCUCUCCCCUCCGCGCCCGCCUUUUUGCGCGGGCAGGUGCUCGACGCGACGGCCAAGGGGGCGCGGCUGUUGUGCGGCGGCGUCGAGACGGCGUGCCCCGCGACGGGGCGCGGCCGCUUCUUCGCUCCGGCGCUACUCGACGGCUGCGACCACUCGAUGGCGCUGAUGCGCGACGAGUCCUUUGGGCCCGUGCUCGGCGUGUGCAAGGUCGCCUCCGAUGCCGAGGCGGCCGAGGCGGUGGACGACUCGCCCUUUGGCCUGACCGCCUGCAUCUUCACCUCCGACGUCGAACGCGCCGAGGCCUUUGCGGCGCGCGUCGACGUGGGCACCGUCUUUAUGAACCGGUGCGACUACCUCGACCCGCUGCUGCCGUGGACCGGCGCAAAGGCGUCGGGCAAGGGCGCCAGCCUCUCGGCGCACGGCUUCAAGGCCUUCACUCGGCUCAAGGGAGUCCACUUCAAGCACGACCCGCUGGCGUGAGCCCGAGGCAGAGGGUAGAACGUGUGUCAUAUUCUGUGCCCCCUGGCGCGUUGGCAGCGACCCGGCACGGCAGUCCCAGUCGUCUCGACUCCAUGAGUCCUUCUCUCGACGAGUUUGCGCGCGCCAGCUAGAGCGGGUAGGCUUUAUCGGAGACUGCCCAUCUCUCGUGAGUCUCGAUUUGAGAGACGGUGUAGCAACGAAAAGUGUAGAGUGAAAAAAA